AGGCGCUAGUAAAUCAAACAAUUUAAACAGCAAACGAGCUACACACAUACACACACAGACACACACUUAGGCAAACACACUCAUAGGGAGUUGUGGUCACACACGGAUAAGCAACCGGCCGAAGAUGGACCUACGUAUACGUAAUCUAACACUGCCAACGCCAGCCGCAACAACAAUUAUGUUCUCGUCAACAGCAACAACAGCGACGGCCGCAGCAAUGUCUAGUGGCACGGCAGCAACAAUCGCCCCAACAACAAUAGAAUCAACAGCAACAACAGCAACAACAACGCCAUCCACAUUUUUUACAUACAGCAUACCAGGCAUGGACAUUGCGCCGGGACCAUUUAUAUUCACCUACGUUAGUGAAUUUUUAUCGCUUAUCACGCCCGAAGAAUUGCCGCUUGAUUCCAUACGAGAUGUACUACACAAAAACGUCAGCCUUAUUGACUUCGCCGCCAACGCUAUUAAGAUCGAAUCCGGUUUCAUAGCGCUGAUGAGUAUUUUUGCCAUACUGGCGCUGGUGCCGCUGAUUGCCACCUGUGCGUGGUGCUGUGGCCGUCGCGCCACCCAUGAUGAAGUGGAGCUCAUACGGAAGGCGCAGGUUCACAUACGCGACGAGUCGCUGGAGGAGAAUCUGCGCUGUCGCAAAAGCGCCGGGCUGGUCACUCUCUGGAUUGUCUUUAUCCUGCUCACGCUGAGCGACUUUAGCAUAUUUUAUGCGAACAGUCGUCUCUCGGCGGGCAUUGAGAUGACGCCAGAGAUGGUCAAGUCCGCAGUGCACGAUGUGGAGGUCUUUCUUAAGGACACGCAUCUACAAAUCAAACACAAACUGGAUAAUGGCUUUCAUGUUUCCGUUGAGAGAGUCGUCAAAGACUUGGAAGACGUGGAUGUUCUCCUUGGCGAGCCAAUUCAAGCGGAAAUAUCCGCACACACUGGCCUCGAGCUGGCAUAUGAUUCAUUGACGACACUUAGCCUGGCGAAUGCGGAGCUCAUCUAUCGCGUGCUCAUGCUCCAGGAGACCGUCGGACGCGCCUUGAAGCUGUCACAGGAGGCCGCCGCUCGCAUGGAGGAGCUGCAAAUACAGUUGUCCGUGCUACAGCGCCAGUGCACGUACCGGGAUCGUCCGCUCUGCGACACAUUGCGUAUACGCAGCUUCGAGGAGAAUGGCGUAGUCGACGCACUCAAGACGCUGCAAGAGGACCAGAGCAUCUUUCGCAUGCGCUAUUUGGGCGAAAUUGAAUUUGGUGCCACUGUCAAAAAUCUAACAUCGGAAGUUGGCGUCUCACGUUCCAUUUUCAGCAAUUUCCCGCAGCAAGUCAAACACGACACGGCAUAUGAACGCAACUAUACGCUGGAGCAGCUGGCCAGCAUCAGGCACCGGACAACGGCCAAUGCCCAGAUGUUAACGUCGACAAUUAAUGCCCUACUGCAGCGGCUGCAGCGCAUGUGGCCAGCCCUGGAGCCCGGCUACAAUGAGCUGAAGGAGUGGGCGAACACAUACUGGAGCAUUGGCUGGAUAGCGGCCAUGGUGAUCGUUUGGGUGAUGCUCUUCAUGUUGAUGUCCUACUGCUGUUUCCUGUGCGAAUCGAAUGUGAAGUCGGGCGUGGUAUUUUUCGUCGCCGUAUUGAUAAUAUGCGUGGGCAGCAUUUGCCUCACCUUCUAUGGCGUCUUCUCGCUGGCCAUUGGUGGCAACACGGAGGUCUUUCUCUGUCGCUCUCUCAACGACAAUAACUACGAGAUGCUGGGUAAGCUAUUCGAUAAGCCCGGCUAUGUUUAUGCCGACGAGCCCCAAACGGGCAUCAUCGGUGAGCUAUUGCGCCCCGCUGGUGUCAAUCGGUCUGUGGUCAAUGUCAAUCUGGGCACUGCGCUCCGGGGCUGCGAACAAAAUCAAGCAUCGUACAAUGUCUUUCAAUUGGAUGCGUUCGUAAAUACCACAAAAAUAGCCGAUUUAAAACAAUUCCCAAAAGUCUCAACGGCCAUCGAUGCCAUUUCCGUAUCGGAACGCACACUGCUGUCGCUCACCCAGUCCAUACAAAACAUAUUGGAGAAUAUGCUGCAAACAUCUGCAUUCAAUUUGACCACCUACCGCAACAGUGUCGGUGCGCCCACGCCCGAGAAGGACUUGGCCACAUUCAUCGAUCAAAUGCAGCGCGUUGCAUUACAGAUUCAGGACGUAGCCACAUCGUCUCGCAUGACCACGCUGGGCAGCCGGUCGAAACGAUUGCAGGCAGCCAUACUGCAACCGCUGGAGAACCUACAGAAUGAGAUACUUUACCAUCUGACAGCACUAGAGCUGCAGAGGGAUCCCUGGGCAAAGCAGGUCAAUCAGACGCUCAAUCAUUUGAAAAGCAUACAGGGCUAUUUGGAGAACAAGGCCGGCGAGAUCUGUCACAAUCUGACGCGCGUCUACACGGAGCGCCUCAAGACCUAUCUGACCAGCAGCCGAGCCACUAUGGAGUCACAGCUGGGUGAUACGACAACCAAGUGCCGCCCGUUCUACGAUACGUUUGAUGCUAGUCGCAUAUUUCUGUGCCGCAAUCUGGUGGACUUCAUCAAUGGGCUGUGGUUCUUCAUAUUCCUAACACUGCUGCUCUGGGCGAUCGGUACGCCAGUGGGUCUCAAUCUGAUCACCAUAGAGACGCGCCUGAAUGCGAUGCAGAGGGCGCAGGCUCGCAGCAAGGGCAAGCAUCGACAGCGCAGCGACAGAAGCGACAGGAGCGACAGAAGCGACGAGCGGUCACGUCGCGGCGACAGUCGUGGACGCCAGAAGCAGCGCACGAGCAGCUCUGCGAAGCGUGAUCAGCAGAGGGAACGCAGCACCAGCAGCACGGCAAGAGCCAGACCGCCACUACGACGCACUGCCACCGAGGAAACACUGGACAUAGGCGAUGAGGAUUCAACGCCAUCGAGACAACCGCAGCAUCAGCAGCAGCAACAGCAGCAGCAUCAGCGUCGCCAGGAGUCGGAGCAACGGGAGCUAGAGCGGGAGCGCGCGCGUGAUCGUGACCGGGAGCGUGAUCAGCGUAGCCGAGAGCGUGAGCUAAGCCGUGGACGCGAAAUGGCGACCAUCAAUACACCAGUGCGCAGUCGCCAGCAGCUCCAACGCACUGGUACCGAUGACUUUGACAUGGACGAGAGCGAUAUGUACGGUACUGGUGCACAUAUGGACGCUGACGUUGUUGCGGCAGCACGUCGCACUCCUCCACGCAGCGCGCCGCCGCCUCCGCCUCCACCAGCGGCCGGCUUGAACAGAAAUAGCAGUGGGGCACGCAGCGUGCGUUGGAACGAAGAGGAGGACUUUGUCUUCGAAGAUGCUGACACACCGAAUCCGAAUCCCAUGUACUUGAGCCGUAAUAUCCACUAAAGUUGCCCACAUGCAAUUAUGUGGCCUACGCUUAGUUAACCUUGUUUUGUAUUUGGCUUACGAUAUUUCUUUUUAAGCUAAAUGUAGUCUAGUCACAAGAUUGUAGCAUCAACGAUUUAAUAUUUAUUAAGCAUUUACGGUUGCAAGCAAUCACAAAUA